GGAAGUUUCACACGAGCCGUUCGCGUGCAGCCCGGGCUAUAAAUAGCGGCGGCCAGGGACACCGGGGGACUCGCUCCGCCGGCAGCCGCCUCGCCUGACCCGGGGCUGCAGCCCGAGCGCCUGCGGCAGGGUCGCGUCCAGCCCGGGGCGGUGCACGGCGCUGCGGGAAGAUGCCCGCUGACAUGAUGGAGAAAAACUCCUCCCCGGUCGCGGCGACCCCGGCCAGCGUCAGCGCCACGCCGGACAAGCCCAAGACCGCGUCCGAGCACCGCAAGGUAAAGGCGGCCGCGCCGGGGCCGGGGCCGGGGGUCGCUGCGGGGCUGGGGGGGGCUCAGCCGUGGCACUCACUGCUCCCUCCCCCGCUUUCCGUGCAGUCCUCCAAGCCCAUCAUGGAGAAGCGGCGGCGGGCGAGGAUCAACGAGAGCUUGAGCCAGCUGAAAACCCUCAUCCUGGACGCGCUCAAGAAAGACAGCUCGCGGCACUCCAAGCUGGAGAAGGCCGAUAUCCUGGAGAUGACCGUGAAGCAUCUCCGGAGCCUGCAGCGCGCCCAGAUGACGGCUGCUCUCAGCACGGACCCCACGGUGCUGGGCAAGUACCGGGCCGGCUUCAGCGAGUGCAUGAACGAGGUGACCCGCUUCCUCUCCACCUGCGAGGGGGUGAACACCGAGGUGCGCACCCGUCUCCUAGGUCACCUGGCCAGCUGCAUGACCCAGAUCAACGCCAUGAACUACCCGGCGCAGCCACCGCCACUGCCCCCACCCGGGGCUCCACACGCCUCCUUCGGGCAGCCGCUGGUGCAGAUCCCCACAGGGGCAGCACCCCCAGGCGGCGGAGUGGUGCCGCUCAGCGGGAUGCCUUGCAAAUUGGGGAGCCCGGCAGGGGAGGCCACCAAGGUGUACGGUGGCUUCCAGCUGGUGCCUGCCUCGGACGGCCAGUUCGCCUUUCUCAUCCCCAACACCUUCGCGCCUGGCGGGGCCGUGGUGCCAUUGUAUCCCAACGGCGGGCCGGGCUCUGGGGGCCCCGCCGGCGGGCCUUCGCUCACAGCGGACUCUGUGUGGCGGCCCUGGUGAGCGGGACUCUGGACUGUCCCAGCCAGACGACAGACUGACAGGCCCACGUGCGGCGGGCUGCGUGCGGGGCCCCCGUACCCUGGCUGUAUCAUUACCUGUUCAUAUUGGAUUGUGCCUCUGUACUAUAGCCCCUCCGCUGGGUGGGCCACUCGUGUUUUCCAUGAGAGCUCCCUUGCGCCCCCCUCCCCCUUUUUUAAUGUGACACCAAAGAUCCUGUCUGAAUGCUCUUACAAUACAAUAAAUGCCUCACUUCCUUGGAGAAGUUAUUUGACACUAAUAAA